AUGGAAAAGACAACACAUUCAAACAAGAAAGAUAAAAUAUUAUGGCACUCAAAGUCUCGCAUUCAAAUAGCCCAGAUUGAAAGGUUUAUCAUAAAAUAUAGCGGCGAAUUGCCGGUAUGGUUAAAAGUCAAAAAUGUCUCCAAAUUUAAGUUUAGAGCAGGAUAUUUGGGAGGACCCUUCAAUGUAUACUGUGACGUAGUUACAAAGAAAUAUAAACAGUCCGAAAAAGUGGAAGAUACUUCUGAUAUACCGCAGUUUAAAUCCAUUAUUCAACCACAAGAUAAAUUUAUUAUACAAUUAAGCCAAGGGGGCACAUCGGAUUCUUUUCUUUGGAUUGUUAAUGUAAUGAGUGAGAUGCUAUUCAAUACAGAUAGUCAUGUCUCUUUUGAAGUGUCGUUAGGUACUUGUAAGAGCAUUUUAAAGAACAAAUAUUUACAUCAUACGAAUAUCGAAAAUUCAGAGCCUAAUCUUUCCGUUGAAAUCUUGAAUACACAAGAUAUUUGGGGCCUUCAUAAAUCGACUAACAAUACUGAUACACAUCUUGUCGUCUUAACGCAUGGUUUGCAUUCAAAUGUGACUGCUGAUAUGUCAUAUCUGAUGGAACAGAUUUAUCAACACUGCAGUAAAGAUGAUAAUAUAGUCGUAGAAGGCUUUAAUGGUAACGUUUGCCAAACGGAAAAGGGCGUUAAGUAUCUGGGGUACCGCCUGGCAGAACAUAUUGUCACAAAUUUAUACACUGAUUCCAUAACUAAAAUAUCCUUUAUAGGGCAUUCACUCGGUGGCUUAAUUCAAACAUUCGCAAUGGAAUAUAUCUUUACAAAGUAUCCAUGGUUUUUUGAGAAAGUCCAACCGAUCAAUUUUAUCACUUUGGCCGCACCUUUACUGGGACUCCAUACCGUUAAUAAUCCUGCAUACGUGAAAUAUGCCUUGUCAAAAGGACUUGUUGGUAAGACAGGUAAAGAUCUGAGCUUGCAUAAAGAUACAUUGAAUGAUAACCAAUCUUUAUUAUAUUUGAUGUCUGGUGCACCGCUUCCCAAGAUAUUACUCAAAUUCCAAAGAAGGACCUUAUAUGCUAAUGCAAUUAAUGAUGGAAUUGUACCACUCUACACGUCCUCAUUACUAUUCCUUGACUACGAUGAUAUUCUUGAAAAACUAAAAUCUAGAAAGGAACGAUUGCCAAGUGCCUCUAUCAUAAACUCUGUAACCUCAAUUCUAGUACCAGCCUCACCAAAAGAAACGUUUUUAUCUGAUCCUGAAUUAAGAGAGGACUCAAUUAUUCAUGAUAGGGUGUAUAGCGAAGAUCAUAUUGACGCAAUUGUAGAACGAUAUUCCGACACGGUUCUUAAGUCAUUCUACAGUUCCAGUAAGCCAAAUUUACAGGAGGUAAUAGCGCGUAGAUGGCAUCAUAAUGGGAUAUCUUGGAGAAAAGUUAUAGUGGCCACCAGCGGUGACGCACAUAAUAACAUCAUGGUGAGAAGAAAAUUUACAAAUGCAUAUGGAUGGCCUGUCAUUGAUCACCUGAUACAAAACCAUUUCAAAGACAACGACGAAUCUAUAUUACCUUCUAUUUCAUUAUCAGAUAAACAACUGGGUGAAGUCGACUUUGUCGAACCAAAUAAGCUCUUUAGCUGGAUUACUAGAAUCGAAGACCCGAAAAUUUACAAAGAGGGAAUGCUGACGGUAGCGAGCGGUAUAUUCCAGAGAACGAUGACCCCUAAGAAACUAGAGUCUAAGGAAGUGUGA